CGAACUACACAUCCGGGUCUCUGGACGUGUGACUUCUUCCGGCCGACCCCUCCUGUCGGCCUCCGAGCCAAUGCGAGGACUGACGACUGCCUCUCAUCCAAUCAGCGGCCGCACCACUGUGCUCCCCGGCGGAGUCCUCCCCACCACCGUGACUUCUCCUAUUUUGGCGGCUGUGCGGAAAACAUGGCGGAAAAUUUGAAAGAGCAGCGGCCGAGCGGAGAGACGGGGAGUCCCGGGGACCGGAGGAAGACGAAUUCCAGCUUGCCCUGUAAGAUGUCCUGGGACGAGCUGGAGGCCCUGUGUCGCAGAGAGAGGCUCCACUGUAAACAGCUUGGUGUGAACAAGGCCAACGUCAAUGAGUACGAGGUGGAGUUCCUCUGUGACUACAAGAAGACCAAGGUGGAGGAGUUCUAUCUGGUGAAGUGGAGGGGGUUCCCAGAGUCUGAUAAUACCUGGGAACCCAAGAGGAACCUCAGAUGUCCCAAACUGAUGAAGCAGUUCCACCUGGACCUUGAUAAGGAGCUGAGGCGCCACAAUAGACGCUGCAUCCCGAAAAAGCUUGACAAGGAAGUCGCCUCAAUCCUCCUCCAGAAAGCCAAACUCCGCCAGAGUCUGCAGCGCUGGGAGGCCCACUUGAAUCAGACUCGCAACCAUCCAGGUCGCAUUUUUGUAAUGAACGAAGUGGACCUUGAGGGGCCCCCAAAAAACUUCACCUACAUUAACAACUACAAAGUAGGCCAGGGCAUAGUGUUAGAUGAGAUGGCCGUGGGUUGUGAGUGUAAGAAUUGUGUAGAGGAGCCGGUGAACGGCUGCUGCCCUGGGGCCUCCUUGCACCGUAUGGCCUACAACGAUAAAGGGCACGUCCGGAUCCGGGCGGGAAAGCCCAUAUAUGAAUGUAACUCCCGAUGCAGCUGUGGCCCCGACUGUCCCAACAGAGUGGUGCAGAAGGGCAUCCAGUUUGACCUGUGCAUCUUUAAGACGCAGAACGGCCGGGGAUGGGGGGUCCGCACACUGCAGCACAUCAAGAAGAACACGUUCGUCAUGGAGUACGUAGGAGAGAUCAUCACAACAGAUGAGGCUGAGAGGAGGGGACACGUGUACGACCGCCAAGGCUCUACGUACCUGUUUGACCUGGACUACGUGGAGGACGUGUACACAGUGGACGCUGCUCACCUCGGCAACAUCUCCCACUUUGUCAACCACAGCUGUAACCCGAACCUGCAGGUUUUCAAUGUGUUCAUCGACAACAUUGACGAGCGGCUCCCGAGAAUAGCUCUGUUUUCCACGCGGGCAAUUCGAGCAGGAGAGGAGCUCACCUUCGACUACAAAAUGCAAAUUGAUCCGGUCGACACAGAAAGCACCAAAAUGGAUUCCAGUUUCAGUCUGGCGGGGUUGCCCAGCUCGCCGAAGAAGAGGACUCGAGUGGAGUGUCGGUGUGGAUCAGAGUCGUGUCGAAAGUACCUGUUCUGAUGAGGCGACACCGUCAUUCGUGUAAAGAUGUGGACAAUUGGUCAGCUACAGCUACUGUACACACUGUGUUGCCCGGCGGCCACGUCAGUGUUUCCAGAUGUUGUGUCACACUGGAAGGCGCGGUGAGAAAGGGGAGUGACCGUCUUUUUUCAAGGACUGUUGUACACCUGGACAUUUGUUCUGGAUCACUGUUGGGAAACCGGGUCAAAGGCUCGGUUCACACAGAUGAGAACAAGAACUUUGAUUGGGCUUUUGUUUUUAACAAUUUUCAGCAUGUACAACAAUCUGCAUUGCCAAACCCCGGCUGGGACAGCCCAGAGGUUCCUCUCUGUAAAGAAGAUGUAUUAUGUGCUCUAAUAGCUGAUGAUUUUACAGUUUGUAUAUUUAAACAUUUUAGGUAUCAGUGUUUGUUUUUAUGAGUGUUAGAAACAAUGUAAAUAAAUGGUUAUGAAGAUAA